GGAUCUAUCACCUGACUCGGUUCAAACAUGGCUGCGCUGGAAUCUCUAUUGCUUUGGGCACCGGGAGCGGGAGGUGCUCCACGAAUGAGAAAAUUGACAAUGUGGUCUGCAUAAUUUAUUUCUUCUUAUCUCCCUGCACUCUGUGCUGGGAAAAUGCAUCAUCCAUUUGGAAAAGAGGAAACUGCUUCUCAGAAGCAACUUUUUGGGUUUUUCUGUGAGUGCCUUCGCAGAGGAGAAUGGGAGCUAGCUCAGGCAUGUGUCCCUCAGCUACACGAGGCACAAGGGGAUAUCCCAAAAAAGGUGGAACAUAUACUUCAGGCGCUGGUGGUGUGUCCAGAUCAGCUGAGAUGUGGACAGGACAUGAACCCUCAAAGAUUAGCCUGGGUCUGGUUUCUUGUACUGGAAAAAUGGUUCUCCCAGGAAAAGAAAUUACUCCCAAGUGUUUUCCGGAGAAAGCUUGAGUUUCUGUUAUUAUCAGAAAACCUCCAACGUGACAUUCCAGAGAACAUCCUCAAGGAGUUCUAUGAAGCCUUAGCACAAGAUACAGGAGGCCCUGUGCUUGAUGGAAAUCAGAGGCGGGAGAGCUGGAGCCCUCGCCUCAGCUCAGAAGCUAUCUCUGUGCUCUGGGAUCUUCUGAGGCAGGCUCCUCAGGCAGCCCAGGCCCUGCUGGAGCUCCUGCUUCAUGAGGACGAUGGCACUGGCACUCUGCAGAAGGCACUGGUGGACCUCAUUCGAAGGGCACUUGGAGCUGUGCAGGGCCCCACCGCUGGGCCCGGUGGCAUAGUAGAUGCCAUCUACGGAGCCCUGCGGAGUCUGCAUUGCCUCGCAGAGCCGCUCGGGGUUGAGCUGCGUCUCCUGUGUGAGGAACUACUGGAGGCCUGCAGGGCUGGAGGGAGUCCCCUGCGGGAGGAGCACGUGCUCAAUUGCCUGCUACACAAGGCUGGACGGAGCCUGGUCUCCUUAUAUGGCCAUAUCUAUGCAGAGAAGGCCACAGAAAAGCCAGUGAAGGCCGUACCCUCGGGAAAAGUCUCCCCCGAUCAUCUAGAUCCUGAGCAGGCAAUGCUGGCACUGUUCUCCAAUCCUGACCCAGCCCAAGCUUGGAAAUCAGCCUAUUUCUACUGCCUGAGCAACAGCAAGCAUUUCCUCGAGCAGAUCCUGGUGACGGCGCUAGCGCUGCUGAAAGAGGAAGACUUCCCAAGUCUUGGCCGCCUACUAGACAGAGAAUUCAGGCCUCUCAGUCGACUGCUCGUGCUCCUGGGCUGGACACACUGCCAGAGCCUAGCAUCAGCAAAGAGGCUGCUCCAGACACUCCACAGGGCCCAGGACCAGGGCUGUGACAAGCUCCUCAGGGAUGCCUGUGAUGGUCUGUGGGCUCACCUGGAGGUCCUGGAGUGGUGUGUACAGCAGAGCAGCAACCCCAUACCAAAGAGAGAUCUCUUGAGUCAUUUAUAUGGUGGAGACAGCCACUCUGUGCUCUACUCUCUCCAUCAUCUUACCAACCUUCCAGCCCUCAGGGAGGAGGAUGUUCUCAAGCUCUUACAGAAGGUGCCAGCCAAGGACCCCCAGCAAGAACAUGAUUCAGCUGGAGCCCCAGUUCCUGAGCACCUGAGCCGGUGUCCGAACCUGACGCUCUACCAGAGCUUCUGUGCCAUGAAGUAUGCCAUCUAUGCCCUCUGUGUGAACUCACACCAGCACUCCCAGUGCCGGGAAUGCAGAGACAGUCCUUCAGAGGACCCAGCCAUGGCUGCGCAGCCAGAAAAUGAUUCUCUCUCCUCCCCAGGUGCUUCAGAUCUCUUCUCAACAUACCUAGCAAGAUGUCAACAGUAUCUGUGCAGUAUUCCCGAUGCCUUGUGCCUGGAACUUCUAGAAAACAUCUUCUCAUUGCUUCUCAUCACCUCUGCCGAGCUUCACCCAGAGCCUCACCUACCCGAGGACUAUGCUGAGGAUGAUGACAUUGAGGGGAAGGGUCUCUUGGAUUUGAGGUCACCAUCAGAGAGCCCUCAGCACACAGCACAACCCGAGAGGAAGUCAGAACAGGGUUGCCAGGGAGUCCCCAGGAGCCUUGCUAAUACAAUCCCAAGCUGUCCAAAGACAGAGCCAAAAGACAGUUCCCCAGGGCCCCAUGGGCACAGCUUUUUGGACCUAAAGCACUUUACUAGUGGUAUCAGCGGGUUCCUGGCUGAUGAAUUUGCAAUAGGGGCCUUCCUCAGGCUUCUGCAGGAGCAGCUGGAUAAACUCAACAGCCACAGUCCCCCUGAGAAGCCAAAGCUAGAAGGCCAGAGCUGCUCGGGAAGCAGAGAUGGCCUGCAGAGCCGCCUACAGCGGUUUUCCAAAGUUCUCUCGGAGGCCCAGUGGAGAUACAAGGUGGUAACAAGCAACCAGAGCUCAGAGGAGCAGCCUUCCCGAAGAUACCGGCCCAUGGCCACAGGACAUCCAAGUCUCCGCAGGGGGCGUCGGACCAGAAGGAGCCGGCCAGAUGGCCAGGACAGAAGUUCCAACCCAUCCCUGGAAAGUACAAGUAGUGAGCUGAGCACAAGCACUUCAGAGGGAAGUCUGAACGCUGUGUCUGGAAGGAAUGAGCUGGAUGGCCGGUUGCAGCCCCAGUCGCAAAGUUCAUUCAUCCCCAUGAUGUUCUCCCCACCCGAGUCACUGCUGGCAUCCUGCAUCCUCCGGGGGAACUUUGCCGAAGCCCACCAGGUGGUGUUCAUGUUCAACCUGAAGUCCUCACCCAGCUCAGGGGAGUUGAUGUUCAUGGAGCGCUACCAGGAGGUGAUCCAGGAGCUGUCCCGGGUAGAGCACAAGAUUGAAAACCAGAAUUCCGAUGGUGGUAGCAGCACCAUUCGAAGAACAGGCAGCGGCCGCUCCACACUACAGGCCAUUGGCAAUGCUGCAGCAGCAGGGAUGGUAUUUUACUCCAUCUCUGAUGUGACUGACAAGUUACUCAGCACGUCUGGAGAACCCAUCCCCACGCUCCAGGAGGACUUCUGGAUAAGCAAUUCCCUGGUGGAGCCCACUGCUCCCCUGAGAGAAGUUCUGGAAGACCUCAGUCCCCCUGCCAUGGCUGCAUUUGAUCUUGCUUGCUCUCAGUGCCAGCUCUGGAAAACCUGUAAGCAGCUCUUGGAAACAGCUGAACGACGUCUGAACAUUAGCCUUGAGAGCCGGAGUCGACGGCUAGACCACGUGGUUCUCAAUGCUGAUGGCAUUCGAGGUUUUCCAGUUGUUCUUCAGCAAAUCAGUAAGAUCCUCAAUUACCCACUUACAUCAACCGGACAAACUAAACCGGAGAGCAUAGAAGAAAAAGGAGCGGGCCCUCCGCGGUGCAGCGUGGCUGAGCUGCUUCAGCUGUGCUGGCCCAGCCUCACCGAGGACUGUGUGGCCAGCCGUGCCACCCUCUCGCAGCAGCUGGAUCAGGUCCUCCAGUCCCUGAGAGAGGCACUACAGCUGCCAGAGCCCAGGAGUACUCCACUGUCCUCGCUGGUGGAGCAGGCAGCCCAGAAAGCUCCAGAGGCUGAGGCCCACCCUGUGCACAUCCAGACUCAGCUCCUCCAGAAGAACUUGGACAAGCACACCCCAGCAGGCAGCAGGCAGACCAACUACAUGGGCACCUUUUUCAGUUACUGCAGCACCAUGGCUGCAGUUCUCCUUCGGAGCUUGAGCUCUGAGCCUGAUCACGUGGAGGUCAAGGUAGGAAAUCCAUUUGUUCUUCUGCAACAGAGCUCUUCCCAACUUGUGUCACACCUCCUACUUGAGCGACAAGUUCCACCAGACAGGCUAGCAGCCCUUCUGGCCCGAGAGGGGCUCAGCCUGAGUGUGCCGAAAGUCAUCGUGAACUGCUGCUGUGAGCCUCUUGCCCUUUGCUCUUCCCGGCAAAGCCAGCAGACAUCAUCCCUUCUGACCCACCUGGGCGUCCUGGUCCGGCUCCAUACCUCCCAGUGCCUGGAAGACCUCCCACUUUCUACACUGGGCUCACCAAAGCCAACUGGGAAUUCCACAGUGGAGAGAAAGCCCCGCUCCUCCCCAAGGGAGUCAUCACUCCCAGCCCUUACGUCCUCUGCCUUGGCCUUCCUUAAGUCCCGUUCAAAGCUGCUAGCCCUAGUGGCCUGUCUGGGGGCUUCCCAGGGGCCAAAGCUCACCAAGCCCAGCUUGUCGUGGAAGGAGUUUCGUGGCCGCAGGGAGGUGCCUCUGAGUGCAGAGCAGGUAGCUCAGGAGUGUGAGCGCCUCCUAGAACAGUUCCCUGUGCUCAGGGCCUCCCUCCUGGCUGCCUGGGAGCCACUACGACGGUCCACCGAGCAAGGGCAGAGCCUGGCAGCGAGUCUCUGUGGCCGGGCCAGUCUCUCUACUGUCCUCCUGGGCCUACACUCUCCCACUGCCCUACAAGUGCUCACAGAGGCCUUCGAGGAAGCCCUGGUAGCCAGAGAUUGGACCCGAGCCCUUCAGCUCACAGAAGCAUAUGGGCGAGACGUGGACGACUUGAGCAACAUAAAAGAUGCAGUUCUGAGCUGUGCCGCGGCAUGUGACAAAGAAGGUUGGCAGUUCCUGUUCCCUGUGAAGGACGCAUCUCUGCGAAGUCGGUUAACCCUACAGCUUGUGGACAGGUGGCCCCUGGAGUGGUGCUUGGAGAUCUUGGCAUACUGCAUCUCGGAUACAACUGUCCAAGACGGACUGAAGUGUGAGCUACAGAGAAAGCUGGCAGAGCUGCGGGUGUAUCAGAAGAUUCUGGGUUUGCAGUCUACCCCAGUGUGGUGUGACUGGCAGAGCCUGAGAAACUGUUGCAUUGAGGACCCAUCAACUGUCAUGAACAUGAUUCUGGAAGCAAAGGAAUAUGGACUGUGUGAGGAGUGGGGCGGCCUCUACCCUAUUCCAAGAGAGCAUUUAGUCAGCCUACAUCAAAAGCAUCUUCUCCACCUUCUAGAAAGAGGAGAUCAUGAAAAGGCUCUGCAACUCCUGCGAAGAAUUCCUGAUCCCACAAUGUGCCUUGAGGUCACAGAGCAAUCCCUCGACCAGCAUCCUAGCUUGGCCGCUUCUCACUUCCUGGCCAACUACCUCACCACGCAUUUCUACGGAGAACUGACUGCUGUCCGACACCGUGAAAUCCAGGCACUGUACAUGGGAUCCAAGGUUCUGCUGACCCUACCUGAACCACACCGGGCCAGCUACUCCCACUUGUCCUCUAACCCCCUCCUCAUGCUGGAGCAGCUACUCAUGAACAUGAAAGUGGAUUGGGCCACUGUGGCUGUGCAGACACUGCACCAGCUGCUGGCUGGGCAGGAGAUUGGCUUCACCAUGGAUGACGUUGACUCACUGCUCUCCAGAUAUGCAGGAAAAGCCUUGGACUUCCCAUACUCUCUGAGAGAGAAACGAUCAGAUUCUGUGACUCACCUCCCAGAAGUCGGUCAGACUUCAGACCUUGAGACCUUGUCUAGAUCCCCAUCAGCAGAGUUCUCUGCCACUGCGGCUCCUGGUGUCUCCACUAUACAUUCCCCCAGUCCAAGGGAGAGGAGCUUCCCAGAGAGUCAGCCCCCACCGGAGUUUGUCCCUCCAGCAGCACCCCCCGGCAGGCAUCAGUGGGUGCCCGACGAGAGUGAGAGCAUCUGUAUGGUCUGCUGCAGGGAACGCUUCACCAUGUUCAAUAGGCGUCAUCAUUGCCGCCGCUGUGGCCGGCUAGUGUGCAGUGCCUGCUCCACUAAGAAGAUGGCGGUGGAAGGCUGCAGAGAGAGCCCUACCCGCGUGUGUGACCAGUGCUAUAGUUACUACAACAAAGAUGUGCCAGAAGAGAAUCCAGGACAACCAGAAGCACCAGACAGCUCCAAGAGUGAAAGUCCUCCGUACUCAGCCGUGGUGAGAGUCCCCAAAGCAGCUGAGGUAGAAUGGAUUUUGGAUCUGAAUGAGGAGGAAAACGAGCUGGUGCGGAGUGAAUUUUACUAUGAGCAGUCCCCCAGCGCAUCCCUGUGCAUCGCCAUCCUGAACCUGCACCGGGACAGCAUUGCCUGUGGCCACCAGCUGAUCGAGCACUGCUGCAGGCUGUCCCAGGGCCUCACCAACCCUGAGGUGGACGCAGGGCUGCUCACAGAUAUCAUGAAGCAGCUGCUCUUCAGUGCCAAGAUGAUGUUCGUCAAGGCUGGCCGGAGCCAAGACCUUGCUCUUUGUGACAGCUACAUCAGCAAGGUGGAUGUGCUGAAUAUCUUAGUUGCUGCUUCCUAUCGCCACGUGCCUCCUCUGGACCAGAUCCUGCAGCCAGCUGCAGUAACCAGGCUAAGGAACCAGCUUUUGGAAGCUGAGUACUACCAACUAGGUGUUGAGAUAUCCACAAAGACUGGCCUCGAUCCCACUGGAGCAUGGCAUGCUUGGGGCAUGGCCUGCCUCAAAGCUGGGAACCUCACUGCUGCACGGGAGAAGUUCAGUCGCUGUCUGAAGCCUCCCUUUGACCUCAAUCAGCUGAGUCAUGGCUCAAGACUGGUACAGGAUGUGGUUGAGUACCUGGAGUCCACAGUGAGGCCACUCCUAUCCUUGCAAGAUGAUGAUUACUUUGCCACCUUGAAAGAACUGGAAGUUACCCUUCGGACCCAGAGCCUCUCUCUGGAGGUGAUUCCUGAAGGGAAGAUCAUGAACAACACUUACUACCAAGAAUGCCUCUUCUACCUGCAUAACUACAGCACCAACCUGGCCAUCAUCAGCUUCUACAUGAGGCACAACUGCCUGCGGGAAGCCUUGCUCCACCUCCUCAACAAGGAGAGUCCUCCAGAAGUCUUUAUAGAAGGUAUUUUCCAGCCAAGCUAUAAAAGUGGGAAGCUACACACUUUGGAGAACUUGUUAGAGUCCAUUGAUCCAACCUUAGAGAGCUGGGGAAAGUACUUGAUAGCUGCCUGUCAACACUUACAGAAGAAGAACUACUACCACAUUCUGUAUGAGCUGCAGCAGUUUAUGAAGGAUCAAGUCCGGGCCGCCAUGACCUGUAUCCGGUUCUUUAGUCACAAAGCAAAAACUUACACAGAACUGGGAGAGAAGCUCUCGUGGCUGCUUAAGGCCAAGGACCACCUCAAGAUCUACCUCCAAGAUACCUCCCGCAGCACCAGAAAGAAGAAGACCACCUUCUUCCAAAAGAAGAUGACGGCGGCUGAUGUGUCAAGGCACAUGAACACACUCCAGCUGCAGAUGGAAGUGACCAGGUUCUUACAUCGCUGUGAAAGUGCUGGGACCUCUCAGAUUACUACCUUGCCUCUGCCAACUCUAUUUGGAAAUAACCACAUGAAAAUGGAUGUUGCCUGCAAGGUCAUGUUAGGAGGGAAGAAUGUGGAAGAUGGUUUUGGAAUUGCAUUCCGUGUUCUGCAGGACUUCCAGCUGGAUGCCGCCGCCACCUACUGCAGAGCGGCCCGGCAGCUGGUGGAGAGGGAGAAAUACGGCGAAAUCCAGCAGUUGCUCAAAUGUGUCAGUGAGUCAGGCAUGGCAGCCAGAAGUGACGGGGACACCAUCCUCCUCAACUGCUUGGAAGCCUUCAAGAGAAUUCCGCCCCAGGAGCUGGAGAGCCUGAUCCAGGCAAUACACAGCGAUGACAACAAGAAGCGGAGCUGGGACCCAGGCAGGUGCAGAGGGAGAAAAUCAGUGGAACACACACAAACAGUGACUUCAUGGACUUCAUGAUCCUUUGUCUUCCCCCCCUUUCUCCUUUCCAUUUUCAUGCAGAGCUUUCCUCAGAGACCCCUAGGAAAUCCUUCAUUUCCAUCUUCAGGUUGACUGACUGACUGUGGUUCUCAGAGUAGGUAGGCAUUUUCUUAUCCUGGAAGGAAAACAGUACCCUGUACAGGAAGGGGAAAACUCCACCUGGCGCUUGAGCACCAGAUACCCAUUCGUGUCUCACUCUCUGAGCAGGCUACUUGCCUGGGCUCAGUGAACUCUUCCCUGUUGAGUAGGAAAUCAGUGCUUCUGCAAAGAGUGCUGGCGAGAAAAGAAGUACUCCCCACUGCUCCUACUUGUGCCUAGCCAUAGGCUGAUGGACCCACCAUCCGGAGGAAGGCCCACAGGCCAGCAGAGGUAUAGGAAAACCAAGCCAGACUGCCCCAGCCCCUAGCAGCGGGAAUAUCUGGCAGCUGAGGCCCUCGUGAAGAAAACUAAUGUCAGGCACAUGGCUUCUUAACAUAGCCACAGAGCUGCUCCCCGACCAAAUUCCCUGGUCUGAAUUUGCCAGGCCUUCUUCAGUCGAGGGCUUGGGAGAACGUGUUCUGAGCAUUUCUUCAGUUCUGCGUGCAGCAUCCAGAUGACCUCAUGUGGAAAGGAUGGAAUUCUAAUGUUCUGAAUUGUAGAGAAAUACUUUUUCAGAAUCAUAGUGAGAAUCCAGCAACCAGGCCAGACACCCCCGUUCCCUGAGUCCCAAACUGCAGUCCUUUUCCAAGCCUUCAGUGAGCCUCCCCAUCAAGAGGAUGGAGGCUGUGUCCCAGGGGAGGACAUGCAUUGAAAUCUCAACAGUUCCUACUUUUUCAGGUCCUUUUCUCUCAACAGCUGUCCUCAUGUUCUUAAGUGAUCUCAGGCCAUAUGGUCUUGCCAAAAACCAGCCUUACUCAGUUCCUAUUCCAGACUUUCUGGUGCGUUGGUGGUAUAGUGGUGAGCAUAGCUGCCUUCCAGACUUUCUGGCAAAACGCCCUCCUUCUCUAGGUAGGAAUUUUGCCUGCCAACUUGUGAUACUAUGUUUAACGCACAUUGGUAUUAAGUAGAGCUGAAGGGCUGGGUGAGAGCAAACAUCCUAGGGCAACAGGUAGAUACCCAGGCAGCAGGACAUGGUCACUUAGUAAGCUUAGAGAAUAUCCAGCUUCUUCUAGCUUUAGCAGCAUAUCUGUAGUUGAACUUAGGAUAGAAAGACUUCAGCAACCAAGACAAAAAAGAUGGAAGGUUGAAACAUGAAGAGAGAGGAGUCCUUUCCAACCACCAGAAGGGACUGUCAGAGCAGAAAGGCAGCUGCUGGUGGAAGCUCUGAAGCAAGUUCUGAGGGCCUUACUGUUGGCUGACUAGAACACUAGUGCUGACUAGAACACUGGCAAACCAGUGACGUGCUGGUGGGAUCGGGGCCAGGGAAGACAUGGACUCUGGUUUCCACUAAGCUGGGGGUUUAUAAGAUGGAGGGCCUCCAGAGUACAAGAGAAAUACCCCUCGUACCAAAACUGAGACACCUGUGAUCCAAACAGCAAAAGUCAAGUCAACAUGGGAUUAGACCUUAAUUAGACCUUUUCUAAUUGUGUGUGUGCCUGUUCAUACCUGAAUUUCCAGUUACAAGAUUUUAAAUUCAGGUCAAAACAGAAAAAUAGUGAAAGGGGAACCUGUGUGCUCAUAGUAAGGGAGAGAUACAAUAGUUCAUUCAUUCAUUCAUUCAUUCAUUCACUGCAUAUUUAUUCAAUUUCUGCCACAUGUCAGGCCAGGAACUAGGCACUGCAAGUACAAGAAGUAGAAAAAGCAGACACCAUUCCUGUCCUCAAGGAGCUUAAGAUCUAGUCAAGGAAACAGACAUCAAUCAAAUCAUCAUCCAAACAACUAUAAAAUCCUAACUCAUGGGCAGUGACAGUGCUGACUGAAAUGAGGAGGAGGAGGCUGGAGAGCCCAGGAUGGGCAGGAGGAGGGCCUCAGAAGCAGUAGACAGAGGCCAGACUCCAACCACCUGCCUGCUUGCUUCAUUUUGAAAUUCUUGGGUUAUUUGUAAUCAUUAUAAAUCAUAUAAAAUAAUCAUAUAAAAAACACAGUGUAAUAGCUUAAUGUCCAGAAUAUUUAAAGCAUUGCUACAGUAUACUGAAAGACAAGAACCCAGUCAUUAAUUCAGUAGGUGAGAAGGGAUCCUCCAUCUGCCGAGCACUGGGCCACUGCUCUGUUUGUUGCUUCAUCAUCCAUGAUGGUUUCUUUCUGGCUGUCUCUUCUGCCCUGU